UGUGGCAUACACUUCUCUGUCAGUGGCUUGUGGCGCGUGCCGUCCGUCUGCUGGCAGGAGUUGAAGUUUUAAUGCCGCUUUAAAUUUUCCAACUGACAUCUCCCCGGCGGGACAGCUGUCCAGCGCCAGUGCCAGUGCCCGCACGCCCGCCCGCCCGGCUAAUCCCUUUGACAGCUGCCCCAUCGCCCACUGACUGGCCACCGCCUCAUCCAUUGCAAUUUUGAUUUGAUUUUGGCCAGCGAAACUCAAUUAAAUUUCCCAGCACAGCACAAAGAAAAAUCUGCGGGAGCUCUGCCCUGCCCUGCCAGGAUAUGUCCAUGCAUUUGCACAUAGAGAUGGAGCCACGGCAAUAUGCAUGCAAUAUGCAUAAGGAUAUACAGGAUAAAUGAACUGGGAGAUAUGGGAUCUACUCUGCUCUGCUCUGCCACUGAAAUGUAACGGUCGCUGCCAAGGGUGGGCCAUACGCGGCCGUUCGCUGGGGAGGUUUUCACAGAAAGAGCACGACACUAAAUUCGAGGGGGGAGAAUACUCGACGUGGGUUAUGAGUUGGUAAAUAAGAAUUAUACGUACGAGCAGUGCUGAUAAAGAGAACGUAGCCCAUGGUAUGCCGGCUGCUGCUCCUGCCUUUCGAUUCGUUUCAACCCUCGCCGAAGAGGGAGCAAAGGCAAAGGCAAAGGCAAAGGCAGGAGCAGAUGUUUCUGUUUUCGGUUUCUGGCUUAAUGGAACGCGCCAAACGGAAUACGGGUGUCUCGGCAGAGGGCUCUUUUAUAUGUAUAUUAUGUAUAAAUGGAUAAAUGGCUGAGUGGGGGGUACGGGAAGGUACGCGGGCAGGCACGAUCCACUCGACUGCGCGACUGCGCGACUGCGCAGGAAGUCGAGGAGCCGACAUUUCCACAGUUCUAGGUUCAGUCGAGUCGCAGUUGUCGUCGCGAGCGGAUCGGAAAUAGCAAGAGACGGAGCUUGCCAUAAGAAAGUGAACCCUAGAAAGUGUACAGAGAAUAAGUGAAGUGAAACGCACCCCCUGGAAGACGCCAUCCACUCCAGAUCAUGUCGCAGCACAACUACACGAACCCGGCCUUCUGCCAGAACAGCGAGUUCUAUCCGGUGCCCAGCAGUAGCGGCAACAGCAACAGUCGCGUGGAGUCCAUCUACAACCGCAGUCUGCAGCUGAACUUCGGCGCCGUCCCUCGGCCGGCCCAUGUCGCGCCCUCGCCGAGUCGCGAUCCCCGCGAGGGUCCCCUGCGCAUGCAGCGUAGCAUGUCCACGCGAUCGGUGACGCGGAAACAGCAGCAGACACAGAACUACCAGCAGCAGAAGCAGCUGCAACAGAACCACCACCACCAGCAACAGCAACAUCAACAGCAGCAGCAGCAACAAUCUUCAAGUGGUCGCUAUGCACUGGUGCCCCUGGAGGAGCUGAACGUGAGCAGAGCCAGCCGAUACGCCAUAGUGCCCGGACAGGCGGCCCAGCGACUGGCCAGGUCUCAGGACAACCUCGAUCGCUAUGGAUCUAGGUACGGACUGCAGUCGGACGAGGAGCCCCACUCCUUCCACGAGGAGCCGCACCAGGAGACGCAGUUCGCCAGCCUGCCGCCCAUGCUGAAUGCUCUGCCUGCGAAGCCCAUCGCCAGCCAAGGGCAACAGGGACUGCAGGGACAGCAGGGACAGACGAAGAUCAAGCACGCCUUCAGCAGCGAUUUUGGCAGCAAGACGUUCCUCAUCGUGGACAAGAACAGCAACCAACGCUACCAGAUGGUGCCCACGGCCGAGGACGAGGAGCUGGUGGACGAGAACCAGGAGAUCAUCCAGAUGCACAACGGUCGCGCCCAUCGGUACGCGAUGAUACCCACGGACGCGGAGGAGGCGGAGCUGGCCGAGGAGGAGUCCUCGCUGAUGCAGCUGCAGCAGCAGCAGCAGCAGGAGACCUGCCUCAGCACCUCGGAGCUAAGUCAGCAGUACGCCGCAAGGACCUCGACGCCACAGCAGAGGAACGCAGCGGCCGCCACUCGGGCACUCCACGAGCUACUCAUCACGCCAAGGAAGAUGCAGCCACCGCCGCGACUGGCCCACUCCACGCCCCGCAACGCUGCCCACCAUGAGCAGCUGCAGCUGGAGCGGCGCCUGCAGAUCUACCAGAGCCAGCAGAUCCUCAGCCAGGUCGCUGCUCCGCCUCCGCCCACACUGCCGCUCCGCCAGAACCGACUCUCACCGCAGAGACUCCACUACGAGACGGUGAAGGCAGCUCCAGCCACACUGGCAGACCGCUCCAUGGCCGUGAUCAGUCCGCGGGUGCAGGAGCAGGAGCGUGACCAGGAGCAGGACAUGAGCAGCAUCCAGGGCAAGCCUCAGAACAACAACUCCUACCCCCAGAAGCUGGCCAAUGCCACCAUCACUCUGGCCGUCGUCUCACUGAUGCUCGUCCUGGGCAGCACCAUGAACGCCGGCCUCAUCAUCUACAUGAUAGCCCACUUUGGCAAAUCCUUCUAUCUGCAAUUCGGUUUGGUGGCCUCCUUCUGCGGCGUGGGCCUGGGAUUCCUCGGAUUCCGAUCGCGUCACUGCGAGUGGCUGCCGAACCGGAGCUACACCUCCGGCUACAUUCUGGUCACCGUGUUCUGUCUGUUCAAGAGCUGCGGCCUGCUGGUGAUCCUCGUGCUGGACCCAUUCCCCGGCCUGCCGCUCCACGACGUCACCACGGGCGUUAUCCUGGGCCUCUCCACCUUCACCAUGUUCUUCAUCGGCUUGGGCGUCAUGGGCAGCCUCUGGUGCUACCGUCCCCCGCCAGACAACCGCGUCAACGUGGUCUAAGGAUCGUCACACUACGAGUAGAAAGUACCAUAAGUUCCCCGAAAUAGAUUAUAGAUUCCCCCUUCCUUCGAGCACGCGGCACACGGAACGGCUAAAAGACCAAAACUAGUAUUAUUCAUAGAGAGUUUAUUCCCAAAAGAGACUGUAAAUACCAUGUGGGUUGUACUUACCUUACCUUACGACUAGAUGAUAGUUUGUUUUUAAUCUAAAUUUAAUUUAAACACUCUCCUAAAUUAUUGUUCACCUCACCCCUAGGCUAAUGGAAACUAACGAUAAGAACUUUCAAAAUAAAGGCCCUUCAAUACCA